GUUUUUCUUCAGAGCCAUGGUAGAUAGGCGUUGUUCAAUGUUUAUAUUUUUCAAGCCCUAAAAUUAUGCCCCAUUCUUUUAAGUUGAGAAAGUUUGCCUUCUUCAUUUACUAUUGGAAUUGGCAGUUUGUGUUGAGUUGGCAUAGGCACUUUUGAAUUUGAUUUCUUAAGUAUGUAAUGAAGUAGCAGUUGUGUGUAGACUAGCAAGAGAAAUGCUUAAAAGAAGACUUGAUGAAGAUCCAGAAAAUUUAUCAAUCCCUCUUCCAAUUCAAAAUUUCUUAUGGCGGCAAACAAGUCCGUUUAUUCGUCCAAAAUUUGGAAAAUUGCACGAAGCUUCUUGCAUGGAACAGCGAGAAGCUUGCAAAUCUUUCGAAAAGGUGCUUGUUCAAAAUAUUCAGUUUGGUCUAUCACCAAGUCUUACUGAAGCAAUAAAAAGUAUUAGCAGAUGGCGAUUAAUACAAGCAGCAUUUCCUCAUGUCAUGCAUUGUUGUGCAGCUCUGUUGUAUCGGCGUAAAGAUAGAUGUUUGGAUAAAUUGGGUACCCCAGAAACAAAAUUGUUAUACACAUUGCAAUGGAUAAUUUUAGAUGCAACAGAGGAAUGUGCCGAUGCAGAAGCAGAACAGGGCAUUUAUCAUCCUCCUAGUCAUUAUUUGUUUCCCAUUUCUGCUAUACAAGUGUUUGUGUACUUAUUUGCUCCACUUGGGGAUUUCCUGAAACACUCUGAUUUUAUGACAAGCUUUCGCCUUGAAAAUGGUUUGAAAUUAUGGGAGUCAUUAUGGGAAUACAAACAUCCCAAUUUCCCUUGUUUCACAACCCAUGUUAUGCCCAAGCGUACUCUUCUUAAAGCUAGACGAGAUAGACAAAAUGCACCCAAAUUUGGAGAUGUUUUCAUUGGUGGAGGUAUCAAGCAAUCAAGCAAAGAGCAGUGUAGUGCAUCUUUAGACAGUAGUGACACUGGACCCACUGUUACAAGCCCAGCAUCUACUGGAUCUGAACAUUUUCCACUUAAAGAAGAAAAUGAAAGUAAUAAGUCUUCUCCCAAAGAUUUAGAAUUCAAGAAAGACUCAUUAUUUUGUGAAAUCUGUUCAUCAACUGCUGUUCCUGAAAAGGAUGGAAGUAAUGUUCUCAAAUGCAAGUGUGGAAGUAUCUCUACUCCGGAAAAAUUGGAAAACGUGAAAGAAUCAGAAUCGGAUGGAAGAAAAGUUCCAAUUAAACCUUUGAAUGUUGAUGUUGCGAUGGCUACUUAUUUAGAUGUUGCUGUUUUGCGAUGCCUUUUUAUUUCUCAAUGGUUAGAAGAAGGAAUAUUUUGGGCUUUGAAAUAUUUAUAUCAGAGGUUGAAUGACAUAAAAGAAUCAAGUUCUGACUAUUCUGCCACCCGCAAACGUAGUUCCUCAUUGCCUAUUCCUGAUAUAGAAAUAUCCCUGUAUCAAUCACCCGAGCAAGUCAAAAAAGAGUAUUCCUCCUCUGCAAUGGAAAACAUAUUUAUGGUUGAUUCACCAUACCAGCCCCCUAGUCAUCACACCAGCAUGCAUGAACUUCAUCAAUCAUCUUUUGAUGGCCACUCUGAGAAACAAAGAUCAAAAAAGAUGAAAAUGGGAGAUCUAAAACUCUUUGUAGAAGAAAAAUUUAGAUUUUCUGAACGACUUUUGGAUAAAAUAGUGAAGGAAAAUAGCCAUUCUUCAUCACCUCCCGAGUCUCACGUAAUAUCUGUCACGUCAGAGUCGUAUGGAAUGCCUGGAAUCAAGUCCUGUCUUUCAUCAGAGCAUUUAGAGAUGCAGAGACCAAAAUCAGCUCUUGCCAUGUUAGACCAUAAACAUUCCGACUCUGAGGAUACAGAUACAUCUGAGCUAGUUAAAGUAGAAAUGGUUAGAGGACGUAGUAUGCCCAGCCUACAUCAUUAUGGUGACAACCAAAAGUUUGAUUCUGUUGCAUCUCAGACACCUCUUCAGCCCCUGUCUCUGGGUGUUAAGAAAGUACCUGCAUAUCAUACAUUUAGUGUUCCUAACCCAAUAAUAACUGUUACAGAACAUUCUCCUGUUGCUUCAGUUCAGUUCUUUCUGAACCAGGAUUCUGGUAGUGGCCAAAGAGAUGAAAGUUCCCCACCUACUACUCCAAAUCCCUCUUGCCAACAGUUUACAAUAACAAGAAGUCAGACAGAUUCAAACAUCACGUACGACUCAAAAAGUAGUUGUGAAGCAACCGGGUCUACUCAUUAUGUAACUGCUGAUGGAGAGAUUGCUGUUGAUGUUGUGUUAAAGGCUGUACAUUCUGUCACUCUUGGUGAUAGCUCUCUCUCAAUUAGAGUUUGUGAAAUAGCCCUGAAGCUUUUAGACCUAUUGCUUUCCUUUGAGGUCAUAAAUAAUACAGCAGAAAAAGAUCGAGAACAAAUAGAUAAAUCUGACGAAGCUUUAAUCAGCACUCCAGGGACGGAUACUAGUGCCCUUAACCAACCUGAAAAAUCAAAAUUCUGCCCUGAGAAGAAAAAGGAGGAGUUUUCUUUGCAUCAGCUAUUUAUGGACAGCUUAUGGAGGAUUUGUAAGUAUCUUGGUUGCCCACUCAAUUGUGGAGAAGGAAUGAGGUGCGGACCUUCUACAGAAAGUUUAAGAAUGCAAAUUCUGAAUGCGUUUAAUAAGUUAUAUGAUGCAGACCGCAGCCAGUUUAGAACAUUUUUGAAAGAAGUAGUGAAUCACCGUCCAUUAUCCGAAAUAGUAGACUUUUUCCAUAGUUUUGUUGGAUUUUGCAUGGAAUCAGGAUCUCCAAUUUCGCCUCAACCUCAGAAGAAAACUUGUUCAUCUGGAAGUCAAGAAAAUAAUUUUCGACAUUCAUAUGCAAAUAAUUUUGGUGCUGGAUUUGGAAAAUCUGCCCUUAAAGAUGCAGAAGGGCUUGUUAUAAACAACUCCUUUAAGGUUGUUGUUUCACGUUUGGUUUUAGCUAGGAAAGAUUUAAAGAGUCAGGAAAAUAUGUCCCUCUAUCGAAGCAUUCGACAGUUUAUGAGUUAUGUUCGAGAAUACCAUGGAAGCGUUUUCAGAAGAGUUGCAUUAAGUGGCCUUUUAGAUAGUGCAGAACGACCUCACAAAAAAAAUAAAAAUACCAUUCCUACCACAAGAAUUGUUAGACAUACAAAAUCCAUUGACCACGAAGAUUAUCGAGAUCCAAUUUAUUCUCCAACAGUCUUUGUUGUGGAUGAAUCAGCAUAUGUAAAGAGCACAAGAAAAUCAUUUUUCAAAAAAAGAGGUGUUCGCAAAGCACCAAGUGCACAGAGCAUUGUGGAAGACAGAGAUGAUAUUAUAUCAUGUCCCAGUCCUGCACCUGGUCAAGUUGCUCCACCUAUUUCACGAUUUGAUAAGGCAGUUACUCCAAGGCUUAGUGUUUCAGAUGAUGAAAAUCUGUCUUUGCAACCCACACCUAAACAUAAAGGGAGUCGAUUCCAAAUUGCUAGUUGGUUGAAACGUGGUGACAAAAUGAGACAAGGUGAUCUUUCUUUUGGAGAAGAUGAUGGAAGCUUUCCUUCUGCCCUUUUGGAAGGUUAUUCUUUGCCAGAAAAAUUAUCCAGAGGAGCUAGCAUCAUCAGCCGUACACCGCGAUUGUCCCACAAAUCAUCCAGCCAUGUCAGCGUCACCCUUUCAAGGGCAAAAAAACGUAUGGAGGAUCAUUUAAAUAAAAUAGGUUUUGGGCGCAGCAAAAAUAAGCAUGGCAGUUUUGAAGAACCUCUAGACAUAAGUCGGCGUAACUCCUGUGAUUUUGAUCAUGGUCUUAAAGAAGGAGAAUUUCUUGUUGCAAAAGAGAGUAAACUUGUCAAUAUGACUGCUGUGAAAGAAGGGAUGCAGCGACUGUCUUUUUUAAUGGAAGCCUGUUUACCAGGAACUAUACCUGAUCCUCCUCUUCUGGCAGCAGCAUUGGACUUGAAAGCACCUGUUGUUGCCCGAGCUGCUCUGUAUUUAGAAUGUGCUCAUUUUGUUCAUCGUUGUAACAAAGGCUGCUGGCCAACUUGGAUGCGUACAAAUCUUCCUAUUGUCCGUUCAUCCAAUCUCCAUGCCCACAGAAUAACACAUUCUGAUUUAAGAAGAACAGAUGCCUUGCAAAAAGCUUCAGGAAAAUUAUUUUAUCAGUGGGCUGAAGCAAUAGGAUAUAGAUUAGAAGAACUUUUAAUAAAAGAAGAUCAGACUCUUAGUUCUGUUGAGGAAAACAAAAAACGACAAUUAAGGCUCGAAGACGAGGAAGAAGAUUUUUUAGAUGAAGCAUGCGUAAAUCCUAGUGGAUCUGAUUGUCCUUUUGCACUUCAGGUAGCUGCCUGUCAUUUGUUAUUAGAGAUAACAGCUUUCAUGAGAGAAACUUUCCAAUAUCUGCCUCAUAAAGCCAACCGUUUAAUGUCAAUGAGAGAUAAACCUAUGUUUGAACCUCGUAGCACUGCCAAUCGUAGAUGGAGUAUGGCACUUAGCAGUGUAGGUUCCCUUUCAGAUCCUCCAGGAGAUCGUAGAAUUAGUUUCCUUCAUCAAGAUGAUCGUACUAUCGACAUUGAUAUGGAAUCAGAAAACAGUAGUAAUACCACACUUACAGUUCAAGAAGAGGAAGAUAAAAAAGGCAGAAGGUUGACGCUUGGUCGAUCACGUUUACUUCGACGAGGUCCGGGAUCAACAGCUGGUAAUAGUUCUAGUUUCAAGAGAAGAAGUCUAAAAUUGAAGAAACCUAGCGAGAGGCGAAGUCGAGCCCGUUCAUCCACAUUUGCAGAGGACGAGGAAGAUAUAGCAAUGCUCCAAAGGGCUGACAGCAUACACUCGAAGCGCAAAGUUAGUGCUAUUUCUGAUCGAAGUGACACCAGUGAUAAAGCUGAUCUCUCUGGAGAAGAGUCCCCUGGGGUUCUUAGUGAUGACUUAGCUCCUGAAACUCCACCAGAUGUUGCAGAGAGUGAUGAUUCUAUGCUUACCAAAAAUCUUCCUUGGCUAAAGGUCAUGAUUAAGGUUUUGAAAAAUUUGAAUUUUGAUUGCAACCAUCAGUAUUUUUGCCAUGACAACUGCUAUCGUCGGCAAAUGAGAUCUUGCAAUCGCUUGGUGAAAGCUAUUAGAAAGGUCUAUGGUGAUUCUUUUGGACUGUUACUUGACUCUGGAAAGCAAGAAGAAGGUAAAGGUGAUCUUAAAAAAGAAAAGAAAAUUAAGAAGAUCAUAACUGCUCCAAGUUCACCACUUAGGAGAAAAGCAAGUGUUGCACACAUUGAUAAACUAGAGAGGCCAAGUGAUGUUCCACAUUUAUCUGUAUUCAAAUCUCUUCAUAGUAGUACCACAUUUUUAGCCCAUGACAUAGAAUCUGGAGUGCACAUCAAAGAUCCUGAGCCUAAAAUACGGAGUAUUGCAGAAAUGAAGGAGAAAAAUAAGCAAAAAGAAGAAUUGCCCAUUUUAAAAUACAUAAAAUCUCAGGUGAAAGAUUUAUUUCAUAGCUCCAUGUCAACUAUUAUAAAAGGAGCAGUUGUUAUGCCAGAAGAGCUUUUUACUGAAAUAUUGACUGUGUCAUGGCAAUUACUACUAGAAUAUAAUUAUCAGUUGACUUCAGCUGCUGCUGUUGCUUUUAUAUUGGCUUCUGUGAAGGCUCCUGAUUAUGCUUCAGAACUUUUGAUGCAAGAGCUCAAACAUAGUGACCCUUCACGCAGAGUUAAUGCAAUUUUGAAAUUUCAGGUAUUGUGGAGAAAUCGAUAUCAAUGUUGGCCAAGAAUGGAAGAUGGUGCCCAUGUGACUUUUAAAGUACCCCCACCGAAUAUUGAAUUUACCCUGCCCUCACCUAAAAUAGCUUCUGAUCAUGUACCUGUUGCAGAUACACCAUGGAUGCCCCAUGUCAAAGCGAAAGUGGAGGAAGUUACAAUAAACCAGGAACAAACGUUGCAGAGAUCAUUUGUUACAGCUACAAAAACUCGACGCAAGCAACAAAUGGAACUAGUUCACCGAGCUUUGGAAGAAGAGGAAGAGAAGAAACGCACUGAGCGAGAAAAUUACCCCAUUACAACUGCUGCAGUUACUCUGCAAGCAGCUCAUGAACCUGCCCUUUAUCAUGCAGUGGAAGAUCACGAAGAAGAGGUAAAGAACUUGCUUGCAGAAAGGUCAACAGCUCAUCAUAUUCAAGUUGCCCAAGUUCUCUUCCCAUCUUGCCUUUGCUCUGCUGCUAUUCCCAUCGUUAAUUCACUAGAAGAUGCUCAAGUAAACAACGAAGGAGUUGCUGUUUAUGAAACAGCGUUGAAAGUUACGUGCCUUUGUCUCAUUGAGGACACAACAUUAUUCUUGAGAUACAUUCUAGAAAAGCUGACACGGGAAAGGCAAGGUGAAAUGUUUCAAAUUCUGCGAAAACUUCUGCGCUACAUUCCUCAGUUGCCACCUCAAUCAGCAUAUUCAUUGUAUAAUUAUUUGAUUGGUUAUGUUAUGUUUUAUGUGCGUUCACCAGUUGAAGGUGGUCAAGAUCAUAUUGGAAAUGCCUUAUCAGUGUUAUGGCAGGUUGUUCCAAGUGUCCAUGGAUUGUUUUUGAAAGACCUGAAGCAAGUUUUAAGAAAAGAGCAAUGUGAUGCUACACUGUUAAUUACCGCAAAUGUGCCAAGUGCAAAAAAAAUUAUCAUUCAUGGACCUGAUGCUGGUGGCAUUCCCUCACAAUAUCCAAUUCACGAAGAUACCCAGUUUGCUCUUAUAUUACAAGACAGUUUGGAUUUUUUUGGAAUCGAUGAAGUACAACAUAAUUCAUAUUUUUUAGUUGAUACAAAAACAAAUGUGAUGCAUUGCCCUGAGAGUUAUGUUCGAGACUUUUACUUUUUCAAGCGUUCUCAAUAUCCUCAGUUGUCUCUAAUUCAUAUGAAUCCAGACGUAGCAUUUGAAACGAUGCAAAGGCAGUCUUUUAAAUUACGUUUUUUGGAAUUAGGCAAAGUACUAAUGAGUUUGGCCAUUUUGAAAUCAAAUACUCAAAUAGCACAAAGAGUUUUCUUCUUACAUGAAGAAUUGAUGAAACUGCCUUCUUUCCCUCGAAAAGCUUUGGAAUCCGAUUUCAAUCUCUACUCUGGACCCCUUGGAAAAGAAAUGUUGGGUAUGGAUGCACUUCACAAAAUGGUUUGGAUAAAACUAGUUGCUCGAAUGUUUGAAGCCAUGGCUGGGCUUUUCGUUCAUUCGUCUGACAUUCAUUUAUUUUUAAAUGUGGUGAAUGGAGCCUUAGUAUUACACCCUGAAGAUGCUAUGAUUUUGCGUUUAUGCAUGGCUACCUUUUUAAAUGCUGCUUUACAGUUCAAAAAUAUUUUUGCUUUAAAUGGCUAUUUACUGAUAAUGCCUACUAUGCUUCGCAUUUACUCCAAUCAUCAGACAAAUAGUUUGUUAUGCCGAACAAUAGAAUUUGUGUGCAAGCAAUUUUACAUCAUGCAUCGAAAACCAUUUAUUUUACAGAUGUUUGGAAGUGCUGCUCCAAUUCUAGAUAUGGAUACUCAGAGUAAUUAUGGAGAUGCCAGCAAAGUACAACCAAAGGCUUUCUUCCAACUUUUGCAGUCCCUGGAACAGUACGUGGUCGACCCAUUAGAUAUUCUUGAACUUGUAGAUGUAGAAAAGCCAUUGCGUGCUUUAGACUUUUGUUAUCAGAUGGACCCAGAUACUCUCUCAAUUCUGGAUGCCAUUUCACUGUGCAUUACCGUGGUAGCAUAUGCAGCUGAUUCCCAACGUGGUCAUCAAAUGCUUACAAUUCUUGAAGCUGUGCUACCUUUUUAUCUACGGCAUCUACAGAAUCUCACUACGAAAAAGGAAACUCCUGGGGGUUCCCGAUCUGAGCUCAGCAUGAUCCAUAACAUUUCUAUAUGCAUGAAAACUCUCAUUAGUAACUGUGAAGCUCUUGCCAGGAACUACUCAGGUCCACAACGUACAAUUGAUUUACGUGGAUCCAGUAUCAAAAACAUGUCUAGGGGUGCAUGUUCUCCACCAUACGAAAUAGAUGAUGAUAGUCAUUCUAAGUUCAUGACUGAUAGUUACUAUAGCUCCCGAAGACCUCAACAACAACAAUUUGAUCGCCAGAUUGAAGAUAAUGACAUACUGAAAUCUGAAUUUCGUCGCCCUCGUGAUAUUUUGCUGAGUGUUGUAUCAGAAUUUUUAACUAUCUGCUCCGCCAGACUGGCCGAUUUAAGCAAAAAGAUUCCUGACCUGUCUAGUAAAUCUACAGAGCUCUUAGAUAACAAAUGCCAUUUUAGGCUAGCAGAAGUGGCCCAUAGUCUUUUAAAAGUUGCUCCAUAUGACCCUAUAACAAUGUCUUGCCGAGGAUUGCAGCGUUACAUGAAUGAAGUUUUGCCUCAUUCAGAAUGGGCUCAGGAAGCUAUGCGACCAGCACUGAUAAUGGUCUUAAGACGAAUUGAUAAAACAUUCAGUAAAAUUGCUAAAAAGGCUAAUAUAAGGAGAUUGACUGAUUGGAAUGCUGCAAGAUCGUUGCUCAAAGGUGUUUACCUCACACUCUAUAAGCAUCCAUACAUUGUUCAUCUUCCUCAUCUAAAGUCUCUUGUGAGUGGUUGCCAAAGUAUUAUUCUUGGUGAUCCAAGCUCAUAUGCAGAAAGCUCCACUAAUUUACCAUCUACUGCUGCUGCUAUUGGCCAAUCACCCCCUCCAAGCUUUUGCUCAGUUGUGGUGCGUCUCAUCGCCAUGCAGAUGAUUGCUUUAGGAGAAACUCAGUCCUUAGAAAGUGUAUGUGGUGGAAGUUCUGCAUUUUCUAGUCCAGAAAAGAUUGAAGUUUACUUGAUGAAUUUAAUUCUUCCUUUGUGCAUUAGAAUCUGUAGUGGCAUUAAAGAUGUGCCGAAGCUAAGGCAUUCAGACAUAACCUUUGCUCUUACAAUGGUACUUCAUGCUUUGGCUCCUAUUUCACCUGCUCAAAGCAGUGUCACAGCUAAAGGUGCUUCAGAUAGUAGUGCUACUGGGAAGUCGCCUAAUCGCUCUAAAUUAUUCCUUUUUCAUAUUGGAUUUGUUGGUUUGAAGAUUUUAAUUGUAUGCUUUGAGAAACAGUUAGGAAAUGACUGGCACAGAAUCGCUUGCUGUAUUCGAGAACUUGGAAACAGAAUGCAAGGUGGUUUGAGUUUGUGGAAUUUUAUUGACUUCACAGUUACUCAUCGUACACCAUUGUAUAUAUUGUUGUAUCCUAUGAUCAAAUGCAAGAUGUUGAAAAUAAUUUGUGACAAUGAACAAGAAUACUCUUUUCAGCAAAGAAUUAAAGGGAAAUUGUAUGGCCAUAGUUUACCUACUCCUAAAAGUCACGGAGCUUUAUAUAUUGAUAUGGUUACUGAGUUAAAAAUGUUGAAAGAAGAUAUUAUAUCUUGGAAAAUAGGUGGAAGUAAAGUUGAGCGCUUGAAAUCAACUGUGUCAACUGAUCAUAGUAGUGAUACUUCCCAGCAAGUUGGUUUUCUGUACCAAAUGACCAGGAGAAGUGAACAUUCUGGUUUUAGUGACUUGCCUGAGCAGCCAGGAGAAACAAGAAUUGAACUUUCACAAGGUGCAAUGCCAAACAAAGCUAAUCCUCUGUUUUUUAAACGCCUCUCAACAGACACUGCAAUUCCAACCGAAGAUCAAGGAGUGAAUUCUGGACCAUUUUCAAACAUUGGCAAACAUCACAAGGGACUGAGUAUAAAAUUUAAUUCCAAAGGAGGAAGCCGUCAAGUUUUAAAACAAUUGCUGCGACGUAGUAGUUACCCUUAUCCAGAAGAUGAUAGCAGCACUGCUGAAGAAAGCCUGACAGGGAAAUUGCCUGCUACAUCUGAGCCCAGACUAUGGCGUAAAAAUACUUUCCAUAUAAAAAGAAGUGGCAGUAAGAAGAGUGGGGUUGGCAGUGGCAGCAGCCUUACUUCCGUAGGGACAACCAGGCACUCUGAAGAACAAGAACCUCUCAGGGACUCCCAAGAUCCAAAUGACUCAUCCAGUCAACCGCCUUCUUGUCCUACGAGCCCAGUGGGUGAGGUACAAUCUCCCGAUCCAGACUCAGAUUCGCACAUGCCGAGACAUCGCCUCCAAAGACAGGGUGCUCCGAGCCGCAAGACUUUUCGCUACAGGAAAUCUCAUCGAGGUGCCGGGUGGGCCGCACAUGCAGAGGAAGAGGGCGAAAGUGGUGGAGAAUCGAUCGCCAUGAUUCCUACCAAACCUCAACUUGCACUCACUGAGGAAGAUAAUCCAAAUAUCUUGCCUGAAGUGGCUUUUAUUCAGAAACAGAAUAAACAGAAACUAGUCUCACAGACAACUGGAGAAGAAUCUCCUGUGGAGCGCAGAGCCAAAAGGUACCAAGGGAAAAAACGUAUUCGAUCGCAUUCGCAAUCCCCGACCAGUCCCAUGUCUCCGAGUGAAGCACACGCCCUGAGUGAUUCAGCCGAGUCUUUGGGGAAUGAAGAAAAAUGUAAUCUGCUGCAGGAACAAAAGAUGCAGAAAGAGGAAUCUCAAUCCUCUUUCCUGAUGGUAUUUCCAAAUUCGGAUGAAGGUAACACUUGUGUUUAACAAUUAAUAUGAUCAUGAAAUCAUUCAAUAAGAUUUUUUUUUCUUUUUUUUUUGGGG